GAGGCCUCCUGGACCGGUGAGCGGACAUGUUCGUUUUCUUUAACAAGAAUUUUCCAAAAUCCUCGCUGUCGCUGACGUCCGUGGCAAUUUUGAGGAAUGCGUCGAUUACUGUAAUUAUUAUUGUACAGGACGUCUCGUAAAUCAUCCGUCAUAGCACAACAGCUGAACGUUCUUUUCAGUAUAAUAUAUUUACGUACAGUUUCAUGUAUCUCGUCCGCGGCACUCGCGUUGGUACACGAGAAUCCCACAGAGGUCGCGCAAUUCGACCGAAAUGUCGGCAGGUCGGGGAAUCCCCGGGUGCCUUUUGUUAACCCAAAACCGAGUGGAUUGACCAGUAAAUGCGCGUCGUCGACAAAAUGAAGGCCGUUACGUGCCGAAUAGUUAUGUUCGCGACUUCUUUGACCGCGAUGGUGGACUGCGAAUCGUACUUGGAGCGACGUGAACGUCUCUUGACUCAAGAACGUCGCAAUUUCACCGGGGGUGACUUAGUUUUGUCCCAAAAAGAGACCCUCGUCAACGUGGCACUGCUGCGCAUGAAAAACGACGAACUUGAGGCCGCCUAUACGAACUCGGCGGCGUUCCUGCCCAGCCAAAAUUUCCUCUUGGCUCGCCAGAGCAUUGAACGUUCGAAAGUUUUCGAUUUCAUCAAGAGAGUGCCGAAGGCUUGCGUGCUCCACAUACACCUUCUCGGGGCCGUCUCCGUGGACUACGUAAUCGAGCACCUGACAUACCAGGAAGACGUCUACGGAGGCUACGUCAACGGCGUGUUCAAAUUAAAGGUCCUCGAAACCCCCGGCGGUGGUUGGAAGCCGUUAAAAGAGUACCGAGAGGAGAACAGUUCCUUCGACGUCUUCCUGAAGGAGAAGUUAACGCUGACGUCGUCGUCGAUGACCGAGAGCAAGGAGGACGUGUGGGUCGCUUUCAAAAACACUUUUACCACUUUGUUCGACCUGGUGGCGCACCGACCUACUUUCAAGAAGUACGUUUAUCGUGUGCUGGAGGAGCUAUACCUAGACAACGUCUUCUACGCGGAACUCAGAGGCGCCUUCAUGAACCUGUACGAGACCAACGGGACCGUCUAUGACGUCAGAGUAUUCAUCGACACUUUCGUUGAGGUGGUGGACGAGUUCAAGGCCGAUCAUAAUGGGUUCGUGGGGGUCAAGUUUAUCUUCAAUUUGUAUAGAGGCGUCGACGGUAGUACUAUGAAGGCUGCGCUGGAUCAACUCAGUUAUUUCAAGAGACUCUAUCCGGAUUUCAUUGCAGGUUUCGACUUGGUGGGCAGCGAAGAUGACGGCAAGAACCUCGUGGACUUCCACGAGGAGCUUCACGGGGCUACAGGCGACGUAAAGUUUUUCUUUCACGCUGGCGAAACCAAUUGGUACGGGCGUGCAGAUCUCAAUCUAGCAGAUGCCGUUCUCUUAAACACCUCUAGGAUCGGACACGGGUACGCGCUUGCUAAACACCCCUUAUUGCUCGAGCUUGCCAGGAGCCGCGACAUCGCAGUCGAACUUUGUCCCAUUUCCAACCAAGUGCUAAAGUUGCACUACGACCCGAGGAACCAUCCGGCAACUGUCCUGCUGGCAACUGGCUACCCCGUGGUGAUAGGUAACGACGACCCCUCCGUCUGGCAGAGCACGGGAUUGAGUUACGACUGGUACGUGGUGCUCAUGGCGAUGACGUGGGAGGACCACGGUUUGGAAGUCCUCAAAAAACUCGCCAUGAAUUCGAUCAAGUACAGCGCGAUGAGCGAGAAGGAGAAAAUCGCCGCGCUCGACCAAUUUCUGACCGCGUGGGAUCGCUUUGUAGACGAAUUCCUGCGGUCGCAGGAAGUCGACCAGAGGAAACGGGUGUACGUCGUGUGA